AUGGCCUAUGAGACAGAGGAUCAUGAGACUCAAUACUGCUUUCCUGCCAUCAACUCUUCAUGUAUCAAGGGAAAACGCUCCAGACAUGAAUACAAUAUCAUGUAUGUGUUUUUUUCAUUGCUGUCAGCAUGGACUGUGUUUCUGAAUCUGCUGGUGAUCAUCUCCAUCUCUCACUUCAAGAAGCUUCACACUCCAACCAACCUGAUCAUUCUCUCUCUGGCUGUAGCCGACAUGCUUGUUGGACUUAUUGUGAUGCCCACAGAAGCUACUAAGCUCAUUGAAACAUGUUGGUACUUUGGAGACACUUUCUGCAGACUGUUUAUAACAAUCAUGGUACUUCUUUUCUCAGCAUCUCUCAGUAAUUUGGUUUUAAUUGCCGUUGAUCGUUUUGUGGCUGUGUGCCACCCUUUAUUGUACCCACAGAAAAUAACCAUGACUAAAACAUUAAUUAUUGUUAGUCUUUGUUGGUUUUGCUCUUUAGCAUAUAACACUGCAAUAGCUGUGAGUGUCUCACACAUGAAAUACGCAUGUUAUGGAGAAUGUACAAUCCUGAUCACUUUUGACUGGACAAUCACUGAUCUAUUCUUGUCUUUCUUGAUUCCUUGUACUAUUAUAAUAACCUUAUAUUUGAGGAUAUUUUAUGUUGCACAUCACCAGGUCAAAGUUAUAAACUCACUGAUAAAGGGUGGAAAACAUGUAAAUGAAGGUUCUAAGAGGAAAUCUGAAAGAAAAGCUGCUCUGACAUUAGGAAUCAUUGUCAUAGUUUAUCUGUUUUGCUGGAUUCCUUUCUUUAUUUUGUCUUUAACACGACAAAACACAGGAAUGGCUUCUACCACAGCCUACAUUCUGUUAUGGAUUUUGUAUAUUAACUCAGGUCUGAAUCCUCUUAUCUAUGCUUUCUUUUACCCCUGGUUUAAAAUGUCAGUUAAACACAUCUUAACUUUUAAAAUAUUUCACCAAGCAUAA